AUGGCAUUGAUUGCUGAGUUAUUAACUGCCACAAUAAUCGUGGCUACUAGGCCUUUCUCACUUCUCAAGCUUAUGUGCAUGUUUGGAGUAAAAACUGUUUUCCUUUUCAUUAGUCUAUGGACAGAGUUGUUGAAGUCAGUAAUCAGCUUGCAUGUGAAUUUAUUCUGGCGAAUCAUCAUAUGGGGAGUUGCUAUUAUAUCUCUGCCUGGACGUAUUUUGACUGCCUUACAAAGGGAAAGACAUCUGGAAAUGCAUUUACAUAAUAUGCAAAUCAACCUCGAGAAUCUGGCAUGGGAUAGGAAAGAGCUUGAGGAACAUCUACAAAGAGCAAUUAGAGAACAAAAAAUGAUGGAGUUGAUAUUAGCAGAGCUUGAAGAAGAACAUGAUAAGGUCAUUGCCAAAAUUGAACUGCUAGUGGGCGAGUUGCAGGAUCUGAAAACUGAAAAUCUUCGGCUGAAAGAAGUUCAAGGAAAGAGCUAUUGGAACUUUAAAGGUCGAGAUGAAACAAGUGAUGUCCAUAAUACAGCAGUCGCUGACUAUGGAAUUCCAUACGGGAUCCCAUCAUGGAAAUCCAGUUAUGAUGGAAGUGGCAUUGUCCUCCAGGAUCUUCUAAUGCACAAAGAUCCGUGGGGAGAAGAGAGUAAACCUAAAACCGAGUUGAAGAUCUUAAAAAAUGAUCCAAAGUAUGUUGGGCCUCUUCAUCCUAUUAUGCCUUCAAACAACACCAGAAUUGUAGAUUUGGCGGAAGUUUUCAACCAACGAAGGGUUAUUGCAAUGAAACAGAGUCUAUUUAGUGCAGUAUUAUCGCUUUUGGUUGGAGUGACUAUCUGGCAAGCUGAGGAGCCUUGCAUGCCCCUUGUUGUGGCUCUCUUCACAGUUGUCGGCAUGUCUUUAAAGAGUGUUUUUGAGUUUUUCUCAACCAUAAAGAACAGACCUGCUUCGGACGCUGUUGCUCUCUUAAGCUUCAACUGGUUCAUACUUGGAACACUUACCUACCCAACACUGCCGAGGGUUGCCCUUAUGGUGGCACCAGUGGCAUCAAAUCUUGCGCACCAGGCAUUAAGCUGGCUUGGUUUCUCUUUUUCCUAG